UGAUACUGAUCCUUCUGAUUCCAUGUACCAGAGCAUAAGUAAAGUAAAGUACAAGGCUACCUAGUCCCGCAUUACAGAUAGAAUGGAUACAAUAACGUUGGAUACAGAAACUUCUUGCGCGCUAAUGAAUAUGCCUAUCCUGAAGGCGCGCGGUCGAGCCCCCCCAGCAGCCGGAUCAAGUUCCGCUUGCUCUUGGACACCACAGCCAGAUGAGCCCUCAACUGCGAAGCAUCCAGGAACAUCUCCCCACACGACACACACUGCACCUCCUCCGCCCGCAUGUGCACCUUCCGGUAGUGAUUGAGCAUGCGGGUCACACGCCGGCCCCGGCAACCAGUCCAGUAGCAUAUGCCCUUGCGCGCCGAAUCCGUGUCGUGCGCUUCUCUCAGAUGCGCAGAAAGGUGCUCCGAAUCGAAACUGGAUAUAAUCUCGCCGCACUCGUUCCACUCGCACACGCACAUCGGACGGCCAGGCCGCGCUUCCUCGACGACCCUAUGUGCAUCAGACAUUCGUGCCGAAGCGGGCCAGGGACAGCUCGGGACUGCGAGCCCGAGAUGAUCCCUCGCAUGGUCCAGCAAGCGAGUUUCCUCUGCGAUAGUACUCCAAGUCCGAUCAGCCAAGGCGGGUAGGUCAUGGCUGUCAAGCACUCACGGGCCCAUAUAUGCUCCCCUCGUGUUGAUAAAUCGAGAUUUCGUGUUAGCGGUCACGACAGGGCGGAGCGGAAGAUUCCAGGAGCGAAGCCGGGGCCCAGAUGCGUGGAGCAAAGUCGGUCCACGAGAUACAUCGUCCGCAAGUCCUGCAAAGCUCGGUUCUGAGGGCCCAGGGAGGUCAAAGACGCCAUCAAUGGACAUAGGAAGGAAGCGAGCUCCAUCGACAGGAGGACCGGGAUCAAGGAAGUCCGGGACGCUGUAUAUCGUGGAGCAGUCGCCAAAGAACCCAGAACCGUCGGAGAGCUCGGACGCCCAAGCACUGUUCUCGUCCCAGAUUCUAUUCUCGACCCCGACUGCGGUUUCCCCAGUGUCUUCCUUCCAACCCCAGAACGCAGAUUCGUCCCCCCAUGGAGUCUCUAUCCAAUCCACGAUGUUGUCACAACUACCGUUUGCAUCCCAUGGAGCGUUUCCAGAAAAGUCUGCCUGCUCCCAGUCGAAGUCGAAGCCAGAAAUCUCGCCCUGUGCAGGGACCACGGCGUUUUCAGACAUGAACUCGCUGGAGCACAAUGCCGCCCACAGUUCAGCAGAGUCAGCAGAGUCAUUUAUCAACGGAAUUGCGUUGGCCGAAUCCAGAAAACAAAUUUCUUCGUCUGCUAUGAUCGGUGGAGGUUCAUAUCCGACAAUCCUGGAGUGCAGGACCCAUCAGAAUCAGUCAACAAAGAAGCAAACUCGAACGCACUGGGCGAGUUCCGCCGUUUGCUCGUCCCACCACGCAAGCACAUCACUGACACUGCCGGUGCGCGGCAUCUCAUUCAACAGCGCAGCGCAAAACGCGUCGACCAACGCCAGCGCCUCGUCGUUGUUCAUCGCCGGCAACUCAUCGCCAUCACCACCAUGACCACCACGCUCACUCUCCUCGACAUCUCCAUCAUCCACCGCCAGGUUUGGGUCCGCCACGCCCUUCCGCGUGAAGAACGCUGAAACUGCGCUGGCACUCCAAAGCGCAAGCUCGGCAACUAUAGCGAGCAGCGACGUGCCCGAUUCUUCUUCUUCCUCCCUCCCAUUGCAAGCGAUAGAAGCACUGCUGCUGCUAUCCGACGCCGAGCUGACUUCUAACGCAUCGAGCACUUCGAGUUCGUCCUCGAGCGCCUCCCCGUCAUUCGCUGUGGCGGGAGCACUAAGCGCUUGGGGAGACCCCUCACACGAUGACCCGAAUAGACUUUGCAGUGGAGAUGCGCUGGAGCUGGGCAGCAGUGACUCAGAGUCGUGCUCUGGGGGUGCAAUAUGCGUUACGAAAUCUUCGUCGUAGGCGCAGAUGACGCCGAGAGCACUCGGAUCGAAUGAAACGCUCUGUGCGUCGGGUUCCUCCGCAACAUCAGUGGCGCUUCCCAUGUCCGUCCCAAGAGGGUGUGUCGCAAGUCCAUCUACUUCCACCGAUCCGCAGUCAAUGGUGACCGGCUCCUUCUUCUGCUCCUCGUCUGAUAGCGUGUCCUCAUCGACGCACUCACCAGCCAGCUCUGCGCAGCAAGCCUUUCGAGACAGCGGCGACUCCUGGUAUUGAGAGGUGCCGGAGACACGACCGCGUUUCGCGGGUGAAGGGGUCUGAGAGUCAGACGGGGGCGUGUUCUCGGUCCCCCGCAAAGGCGACGAAUCUGCGGUGCCGGCGCUGACGACACGGUGGCGCGGGGUGGAGGGCUGGGUCGACAGGAGUGGCGAGCGCGGCGGCAGCGUGCCGGGUGCAGCAGCAGAUCGCUCAGGCGAGCCUUCUUCUGGUGUCUGUGGCGGGUCGAGGUUGCUCGAGAGGGCAGCAGCAGUGCGAAGCGGCGUCGCGGGCGUAUCGCUCAGCGUGGCCUCCUGCUCUUGCGUCGCGUCUUUCUCCGCCUCGAUUGCGGCGCAUAGAUUAUCGCAGAACGUUGCCGACGACGGUGCAUGGUCGGGGCUGGAACGGGCGAGUUAUUCGACGGUGGACGGGUGAGGAGAGCGCACUCACUCGGGCUCGGCAUCUAGCAGCGAGAUUUCGGGUGGAGGUGUUAUGUCGACGUCUUCAUCCAUAGCGCAUAUGCGUCGCGUCUGUUGAAGGAGCACAAAGACAGGAGACGCAGGGGGAGUUGGGGGAAAGAGUGUCAGUCCGAUCGCUUCGUUUUGUAGCCCGUUUGAAAGAAGCACAUAAAGACAUUUCGGGCGAUGGUGUCGAGUUAUUCAUCCGGUAAAUGGCCAUUUUGAGCUGCACCAGCUCCAGAGUAUUCUCUCAAUCCGGUCAAAAGAGCACAAAGAGAACCGCGUCACAGAUCCGUCACCGACAAUGGGAGUGUGACGCUCACAAACGCGAUCACGUGCAGUUGCUCUGUGCCACCGACAACCCACUGCCAGGCAC